CCCCUCACUUCUCCACCUCCUCGUCGAGCUACAGUUGCGAAAUGGAGUAAUUAGAAAACAAGGAUUUUUAUUGCUUAACGAAACACGAUGUGGGUUUUGCGGAGAGAGUUACGGGCAAGGUGUGUGCUUGUGCAUACACAGGACGCAUUGAUUUUUUUUUCACAAAAGGCGGUGUCAUCAGAAGAAAAGUGUACCUUUGUGACUGAGCAAAUAAAAAACCUCUUCCAGGUUUUUACGACCCAUACCCUAAUUACAGAGAAGAAUAAAGAGCCUCCGUUCUUGGAUCAAAGUUACGCUUUCGCCGUCGCUUUCUAAGGAACCUUAAGCAGAGUUCCGUCCCUUCCGGAGCACAGACGCUCAGAAGCUGGCUUUUGCACCUUUGAUUUCGGGACCUGAACAUAUGCAAUUAAAAAUAAAUCUGCUUUUUUCGAGGCAGGAGCGGAAGGAAGAAAAAAUGGCGAAGCGCUACAACAGAUCUACUACACCCACCCUCCAGAUUCAGAUUCAAUUUCAAUUUGAAUCUGGCUUGCAAAGAGCUUCGCGAAGGGGCACCUCUGAGGACGUCUCACAAGAGACGAGCCCAAGAAUCUGAGGAGAGGGAAUUAAAGGAAUAUUUCUGUUACAAGGAAAUAUUUCAUACCCCAAAGUGUUUCCAAGCUACCAUUGCUGGCUGCCCAAAUCAUUGGGGUUGGAGGUCGGCUGGCGCAUGCUUGCCUAACAUGACAGCACUCACAAAUAUCUUGGUAACGUUUUUUCCUGCCUUGUUUUUAAAACUCUACCUCUUCUCAACCCAUGAGUAAGACAGUCAUUCUAAAUUAUUCUAAGGUUAAAAUAGCCUUUCCCUGCUAAAUAUUUGCUGUAUUUUAAAAAUAUUUGCCCAUGUAGUAUGGUUUGUAUUACUAUUAUCCUUCUCAUCUUUCCUACUACCUUCUAUUGGUAUCUUAUGAUUGUAACUAUGAUUUAUGAUCAAUGACUUACUACUUUGUUGUUUGUAUAUACACAGAGCUUAUGCACUGAGACAAAUUCCUUGUGUAUGCAAUCGUACUUGGCCAAUAAAUUAUAUUCUAUUCUAAAGCCAACGAGAGCCCCAAAUCACUUUGCUAGGCAUUACAACUGAGGUCAAAUCAGGUGGUAAGCAGCAGAAAGGGUCAGAGAGAUGUUUAUUGGUUGUUUCAGGAUGAGAUGAAACUGUCUCCUCCAUUUGGCCAUUCUAUUGUCUCCCUAGGGAGCUGCAAAUCUUAAGUCAUGCCACUGCCUAAUAUUGCUGGCUUAGCUGGGAGUACAGAAAGUGCUGUAUAACUCUGUAUAAAUUUUGCCAGGCGGUGUGUAUCAAAAAAAGAAAAGAAAGGGGAGAGAGGCUCUAAGGAAAAGUGCUGCCAUUGACUCAGCUCCUUCUGUGACUCAGAUCAGGGUUGUUGUUGUUUUAAACAGCUUGGGUUGUGACAAAAUGGGGAGUAGGAGGUUGAAGACAGGAAACAGUCCAAAGAUCACAAUCCUGCAGUAAGUCCCAGCCUGCUGCUGCUGUGCUGUGAUUGGUGAAUAUUUUGCUUACAGGCUGAUCAUGUGCAAAAAAGGAAGAGAACAAAGCCUGUACAUCAUUUUUUUCUUCUUCUUCUUUUUUUUUUUUUUGCAGUUUAAUUUGGCAAUAGUGAAAAACCUCGAUAUAGCAUGGCACCUACUGCCAUCUGUUGAGCAUGGUGUAGAAUGGCAUUGACAAGGCUAUCGAUGUUAAAAAAUAAGUCAUCUGGGCUUUAUUAUGCUGAAAUUGAAAAUAAAUACAGAAUACUUCAAGUCAAAGUUGGCAGAAAACUGUGUGAAAGAGGGUCUUGAACUCAUCUUUAUUACAGAGAGGGCAUUUCCUUUGUGAAUGACUGCAAGGAUUAUUGUGCCUCUAUGGACCUGCAGAAGAAAUAUUUUGCAAUACAGCCUUAAGAAGCAUGCCAGGCCAGUCAAUCUGGACUUCUUAAUAAAGAUUGUCCUUUGGCACACACUUAAAGGAAGCAAAGACUGGUAUUUAUAAAAGAAAAAAGCAAGAUGAGUCAAUGUACAGAACACAUGUUCUCAGAAUAUUUCCCAGCACCAAGUACAACAUGAAUUGUGCAGAAAUCUCUCUGAAGGAAAACUCAAUGGAGAACCACUUUAUUGAUUAUAAUGGAUUCUAAAAUUGUCCUCCUGUCUGCAAAGGAAAAACACACAUUUUCUGCAAGACUCCCUGGAGAUGAAUCUGGAGAUCAUAAAGGAUCUAUUCUUGAAACAAUGGCAACAAAAUCAUCGCUCCUUAAAGUAAUUCUUUUAGGAGAUGGAGGAGUUGGAAAGAGUUCAAUUAUGAACAGAUAUGUUACUAACAAAUUUGAUACCCAGUUAUUCCAUACAAUAGGUGUAGAAUUCUUAAAUAAAGAUCUGGAAGUAGAUGGACACUUUGUUACAAUGCAGAUAUGGGACACUGCAGGCCAGGAGCGGUUCAGGAGCUUGAGGACACCCUUCUACAGAGGUUCUGAUUGUUGUCUUCUCACUUUCAGUGUAGAUGAUUCUCAAAGCUUCCAAAAUCUGAGCAACUGGAAAAAAGAAUUCAUUUACUAUGCAGAUGUGAAAGAGCCUGAAACAUUUCCUUUUGUGAUACUGGGUAAUAAAAUUGAUAUAACUGAGAGGCAAGUAUCUACAGAGGAAGCCCAGGUCUGGUGCAGAAACAAUGGCAAUCAUCCUUACUUUGAAAUGAGUGCAAAAGAUGCCACUAACGUUGCAGCAGCUUUUGAGGAAGCGGUUCGAAGAGUCCUUGCUACUGAUGAUAGAUCAGAUCACUUGAUUCAAACAGAUAUGAUAAAUCUUCACCAAAAACCUAUGUCUAGUUCAUCAUGCUGUUGACUGUUUAGCUUUAUCUCUUGGUUCAAUUAUCAUUCUUAACUGGGAAUAAUAAUAAAACAUAUGAUUCAUUGAUGACACUCUAAUAUAUUAAACUGUAAUAUUUUACUGCUUUAUGUGCUAGCCAGAGGAUUCUCUUCAAUGUGACCUAUUGCUAAAUAAAUGGUAUCUGACAUUUGGGGAAGGUAUUAACUUGAGAAUUCAUUUAAUUUAAAUGUUGUUUGAAUAAUAAAUUAUAUACUAAAACUUGAAAGUUCUAGAAGCACUAUUUGGGGACUCAGAUGAGGAAUAGAAAUUUUAUAUCUACAUGUAUAUUUUGAGGUCACUAAUCCAUGUUUUGCUUCACUAAAACCUUUUUCAUAAAGCAAUAUUAGUAGAUAGUACAUUUUUAUUCACAAUUGCAUCUUUAAUCUUUUUUUAAAAAAAAUCUGAUUUAAUAUAAACAUUUUAAGGGCUUUUGCUAUUUGUCUAGUGUCACUGAGCUGCCUGUAGAUUUUAAGUUAGAUAAUAAAUAUGCAUAUAUGGA